GUGUGUCGCAUCAGAUUACUUGAGUGAUGCUGAUCAUUUGACUGCAGAAUGGAUGGUAACGUUUACUGUAUUUUUUUAAAAUUCAUACCAUGACAAAUGUAUAGUUUUAAAUUACCAAUUUUACGAGUGAAAUGAACCUUAUUGUUAUGGUAAGAGUGCCUGGAAAAUUAAUGUCGUUAUAGUGUCGUUAAUAGAGACCUUACGUUUUUAGGACGGCAACCGCGACGGCAACGGCUACCAAUACAAUAGAUUAUUGAAAAGAAUUGAGUAAUUACAAUAAAUGAAUCAUUUAGACAUUGUCCUCGCUCUGUUUACAACGCCAAAUCACAGAUUUUCACGUGUUGAUACAACGGCUGCAUUCCAAGCCACAACAAGUGCAACUUCAAACUUGGUUUAGCAGAACUCUUCCCAACCAUAAAACCCAUGUCUUCAACUUCUAAAACUGUAUUAAAUUCAUACGACUGAUAAUAUACGACGAACUAUCGAAUACCAUUUAUUUCAAGGAGUUUCUUUUGGCCGUCGCCGUCGCGGUUGCCGUCCUAAAAUCGUAAGGUCUCUAAAGAGAGCCUGGGUGCGAGGUUGAUUAAUUACCGCGGAUAGUGUCCCCUCGUACGUAUUGAGCGUGAGAUGCUCAGAUUUAUAAGGAUUUUCAAAAUCUGCUUUUUGUCAAAUUCUGCUAAGGCCACUACAAGUUAAUCUUUAGUUUCUGGUCCGGCCUUACCUUCGUUUACGACGCGGGCGGGCGGGUGGUUAGGACUAUAGGACAUAAUUACAAUUGUAGCUUUGCCCACAUAUUUGUGGUCUUUCUUGUCCCUUUUCAUGCUAAUUGUAUCAAAAUGUUAUGAAAUUUUACAUAAAUUGCAUUUAUAUUAUUUAUAAAUCGACAUGUAUGACAGAUUACAAAGGAUUUUACAUAUCAAAAUGAUCUAUUAAUAUUUCUAGUUUUUUUUACCUCGUAAUUUCGAUAAAACAGCGGUUUUACUACAUUUUGCUAGGUGUUUUUAGUGUAAAUUGAAUAUUUAUCGUUCUAUAAGUUAAAUCCUUCGCGAAAAUUUUCGGGAAUUAGAAAUUAAUUGUAAACAACAAAAUAGUCCUGAAAUAAUACUUUACGAAGAAAGGACGCGGGCGGCGGACCAGAAACUAAAGAUUAACUUGUAGUGGCCUAAAUAAACAUUCUUAAUUUUGAAGAAUAACUCGCCGUGUUUCAAUACUGAGUUAAUAUUUAAUAGAUAAUUACUGAGGCCAACGGCAUUAUUCGAUAUAUUGCCGCCAGCUGAGGCCGAGGCUGGCUGCAAUAUAUCGAAUAAUGCCGUUUGGCCGAAGUAAUUAUCUAUUAUAAUUACUGACCCGAAUCAAAAGUAAUUAUUUUCGGCUGGAAGACUACGUUGCUGCUUGUUGGGACCGUAUGACAAUGAAUCUAUCCAACGUUACACUAGACAUUUGUGAGGACAUGCAUGUAAUGCAUCGUGAUAGAACAGAUUUCAGUUUAAUUAAUCGCCCUAAAUUAAAAUUUCCACAAGCGGAGGUCAAUUAUAGUGUUCUAGUUUACAUAUUAUCAUUAAUGAUAAGGUUAAUUCAAAGGCGUGUUAAACUGGAUAAACACGGGAAUAGAACUUAUGGUGUGUUCUGCACAUGCGUAUAUCUAGGAUAAAAUCCCACAAGCGCAAAUGAAACUAUUUGUCUAUAAAGUUGAGCUGCUUCAGGCGCCCGAUGAUAUUGUAUGAGGGGCCUUUAGCACUGUCAACUUCUCAUCUUGAGAUGUUCACGUUAUCGCGUGCACUUGUCAGGAUGACGAAGGAUUGCGACACGCUGCAUUAUUUUUAAUAAUGCUGUGUGCACGCUGCAUUAUUUUUAAUAAUGCUGUGUGCACGCUGCAUUAUUUUUAAUAAUGCUGUGUGCACGCUGCAUUAUUUUUAAUAAUGCUGUGUGCACGCUGCAUUAUUUUUAAUAAUGCUUUGUGCUAUUUUAGCCCGUAUAAACGUGCUAUUUUAGCCCGUAUCAAAAAAGACCGCUCCCGUUUUUCAGAAGAACGCUAAAACUUCUCGACAUUCGAUGAUAUAAUGCAGAGAGAAAACAAUAGGUUAUUAUGACCGUCAGUAAUUAUAUCUUUCUAUUGUAUAGUAUCUAUCGAUCUAUCUACUUCAUAAAAUAAUAAAUGAAUUCUGACGACCGCCUGGUGUCUAUUAUGGAAACGUAAAUUGUAUCUAACUGCAUAGCUUCACAAAAACAUUGAAAAUAUUAAUAAGAAAAGGUUCUACUUCCUGCAAAAAGUCCCCAAAAGUCUGAUAAAAUUCCUAAAAAGUCCAAUUAUAAAAUGUCCGGACUUUCGAAAGUCCAAAAAUCUCGUAAGUAGGUAUAGUUACAGCGUUCAACCAACAGCUAUUCUUGAAUAUUGUUUAACACUGCCUACACUGAAACCCCAGAUAGAUAUAGAGAUAUCAUCAUCAUAAAAAACGUCAAAUUUAUUGCUGGUUUUUCCUUUUGAGCUGAGCAAAACGUUACUUUAAAUUAUCAUACCCAAAGUGUGAAGGCUGGAUCGAGCGAUGUCGAUGAUGAGAAAAUUGGCAGUCAUGCAUUGUUACAGGGACAUUUUAAGCAUUAGAUUAACAUUGUUCCAAAAUACGUGUGUUUAAUAGACUGACAUUUAAAACAGUUGCACUUGCAUGGGCAAGCUGGGCCAAAAUCGGUUGCCUAGAUACGGACUUGAGACGUUUGAGAUUCGUUGUUAACGGCGUUUUUAUAAAGGCCCAUUUCCACUCAAGAAAAAUUUCCACGGACAGGAACGUUUCCAAAAAUAACAUUGUUAAAAGUUGAAAAUUUGUGUCGGCAAAUCACAUUUUGCAAAAUUUUCUUUCUGCGGAAAAUUUUCCUGAGUGGAAAUGGACCUUAAGGAAAUAAUGCUUUAUAGUAUUACUUUUAUUUGAUUUUUGUCAGUAAAGCUUUAAACAACAUAGUUUCGAGUCUGGAAAACAACAUGCAUGAUAGUGUUGGGAAAGCAUUAAGAACAGCUAACCAAGAUCGCGUGACUGCCAGCUCUCGUGCACUCUCAUCCUUGUUUUAAUCCACUCAGGCUUCUCAGGCUUAAGAUCCUUUAAAAGCUAGACAACAGUAGCCCACGUGGCAUGGGGCUGCCCGCAGGCUACACACGUAAAAACGCACAAGUUGUAACAAACCUGCAGCAGACUUGUAGUAAUACUGUUCCAACAACUUGUCAACAGGAUUCGCACUGCUUGUUCCCAGCUUGUUGACAAGUUGUCAACGGCUUGUCGACAACUUGCUGCAAGGUUGUUGAGCUCAACAGGCUUGUUACAAGUUGUUCCAACAACUUGUUAUCGUCCUGCAAUUCAACAAUCUGUCAACAAGUUGUGAAUGACAACCUUGUAGCAACGUGAUAAAAUAACAGCAUCAUUACAACUUGUUGACAAGCUUGCUACAAGCCUGUUGCCAACACAUCUUGUUGACAAGUUGUGAGAUUUUUACGUGUGUAGACAACAGCUGAUCAUCUGCUUACAUUUUAGCACCGCUCAACAUUGUAUUGUUACACACCUUCUGUUGCAAUCAGAGGACUAAUGUUUUGUAACCAUGGUCAAGCUGGGAAUCAAACCAAGAACGUAUGGCGUCCUUUACAUAAACCAAAGUGGUGGGAUGUUUUUAAACAAACGCGACAUAAUAACUCUACAGCGAUGGACUUAUUUAAAGGUAGCCUAUAAAUAUAAUUCACUAAUACCAUGAUCGCUCCGGAUUCUGUUUUCUCUGAGGGAAUGUUAACCUCUUAUUUCCGGCCUUUUUGCUCUUGCGUGAGAGACAUUUUUCUUUUGUGUUCUAAUUUUCCCGCAGUCAUAAUAAUAUGCACGCGGGAAAUUUAGUGGGAAACUUCAGGAGUAUGUUUGUGUACUAGAACUCGAUUUGGAUUAAAAAAAAUUCCGGCUGCUAAAAUUUCAGUAACACCCAUGAAGAUGACCUCAAAGCAAAUUAGUACAACAUGCACGCGAGUAUACAUGUACAUGGAAUUUCGGUGCCUUCUAGUAGAGAAUAUUAAUCAAGUUUGAGAAUUAUUUUGUUCUUUCAUGCAGGUCAUACACGAAAUGGACGACAGUUACAUUGUGAAUAUAUACCGUAUCUUGCACUCAGUGAUGUUCCGUUACGUUCACCAGGUAUACUCAUAUAUACAGUAAAAAUGUCAUAUUUAGUUUUAAUUUUGGCUUUAGAUUCAUAUUCUUGACGCAUAAAAAGGACAUGGCGCAGUAAAAUAUGAUCAAAAUUUAAUGCAACCAUGAAAUUCAAUGCUUGCUUUGAAAAAUUUAAAUUCCAGGGUACAGACUGGAAACUGGGCGGGCAGUUUGUCCUUAAAGUCAAUUGUAAAAAAAAAUGGGCAAUUGUACUUAAAAGCGGACGAAAUAUCCUUCGAUGUCUAAAUGUAUGUGUCGAAAUUUUGUUCAAAGGAAAAGUGGGGGCUCCUGAGCAGGCUAAUUAACAUGGCCACUAUUGGUACACUGAUGCGAACAUACACAUUCGGCAGCUAACAAAUACACACAUAUCAGUAGGUGAUGUCUUCUGAUGGUAGACAUACUUUUGUUUUCCUCUAGGCCAAAUAAAUUAUCUUCAGACCGUUUGCAAAUUUUCAAGAAAUUUGUUUUCAUUCAGGUGAGUUUCUAUUCAUCAACGCGGUCUUAUUAUUUAUGGAUAUUUAUGUAUACUUAUUAUAUAUGGUUAUUUUGGCAACCUUAUAUGCACUCAGUGUAGUGUCUGCAUGAUCAGUUCCUUGCCCAUGUGCGUGGCAAAAUCUGAGAAAUGUUGAUGAGUCGGAAAAAGAGAACGGCAAACUGCGGUUGCGCAUAACAUGGCCUGUAGUGUCAGGGGGCUGUAAGUUCUUGACCUGCUUUGAUCCACAUACAAUCUAUAGACUAUACAUUAUAUACUUGCCAGAGAUAACGGUGGUAGUCUACAAGAUAAAGAAAUUGACGAUAAUGAGAGUGAAUUAGACUCUUCUCAACCACAAUUAAGUCAGGGCAGGCUGGUGGAUGACAAGGAAAUACUUGAUGUAACUCGAACUGAGGUGCACGACGAUAUUCAAGAGUUUGAUAGUGACUAGAAACAUUGUGAUAUAAUAUAUUCUGGCUCAAAGCUCUGGUAAAAUAUUUAUAUUUAUUUCUUUGAUAUACAAAAUCAUGAUGUAUUUGUGAGGGUUUGUGUGUGUAUAAUGCAACUACCUGAGAAAUGUGAACAAACAAACUUCCACUUUUGUUCCUUUGCUUCAGGUAGUUGCAUCCAGAGACGUGGCCCCCACUUUUUCGAACUUUUCUUCAGGACCAAUUUUGUAAUUCUUUCAAAAUUGAGGAGAAACUGGAGGGAGGCGUAACCUCUUAAUGUUUUGAUAUAUGACGGCUUUCAGAUUAUCAUAAAAUCUGUCUAAAAUGCAUGCAAUAGCGUUUCGUAGAAUAAGUUUCCGGGCGACUGUGCGCCCGGCCUGCCGGACAAUUAGACUCCCCACUCGUUUGGGACUGGCUACGUCCCUGGUUGCAUCUUACAUAAAAACCCUCAAGUUGCAUUCUUCGCUACCUACACUGCAGACUCAUGCUCGUUGAUACCAAUGCAUGCAUAUAAGAUUGAGCUCACAAUUAAAAAAUUCGUGGUAUAGGUUGGUUUUUCUGAUUAUAAUGAUGCAGACGAUAGACGUGCUGAACAAACAGUUGUUAGAGUGAAAUAGUCUUCGUAAUUGAGAAUGAAUUGUUACAGCUCGAACAGGCAAACCGAGGCCGCUUUUGCAUAUUUUUGAUGUUUUCAAACUAAGCCAUAUAACCAAUCACCAGUGGGUUAUUUUGACUAAACAUUUUCAGGUUAUGAACUUAUGACGUAGCCAUAGGUCUAAAUAACCCGCUGGUGCAAUGUAUUCGCUUAGUUUGAAAACAUUAAAAAUACGCAAACGCGGUCUCGGUUUGCCUGUUCGAGCUGUAAAUAGACUAAAUAGGCCAUUUCCGAAUUACGGUCUACCACAGACAACAGCUAUAGUAUGAGAACGAGUCUUGCUGUUAUUGUUCCUGACAAUCAGAGCGUAAUUCGAAACUGGUCUAUUGAGAAAUAUAGUUAUGAUAUCGCUUGCUCCUACAACUGUAAACAGUUCAGAGGUUGCAGCAUUUGCGAGCGCAUCUGACGUCAUAUAAAUGUUUUGGGAAUGUGGAUAGCGAUGCAUCUAGUGCUGUGCUUGACGAAUGAUCAACACAUGAACAUCAUUCCUUAUCUGCUUAAACCCGCGCAAAAUAACUUGAAAAGAUACUUAGUGCACAAUUUCCGUUCGCUACUCUGGUUUGAGUAAAUGAAUACAAACCCCGACGGUUCGACAUUGGGCUUCAUGCUCCCGAUUGAUCGAAUAAUCGAUUUUUUGUCAUUUUUGGCAAUCGAUUAUCCUUAACGAUAAUUGAUGAUCAACAAAACAGCCGUGCAUAGCAUGAUAUUCUGAGUUUCUUCCCGAU